AUGUCCCCGGUCCUGAUGGUCGCCCGUUCUCCCUUGCAGGCGGAUGACUUCAUCCGAGCCAGCGCCUGCGGAAAACUGAGCGUCAUCGCGGAGCAGAUCCGGCACCUGCAGGAACAAGCUCGCAAGGUCUUGGACGAAGCUAACAGAGAUGCUGAUCUGCACCACGUGGCCUGCAACCUCGUGAAGAAGCCAGGAAACAUCUACUACAUGUACAGGCGGGAGAGCGGCCAGCGAUACUUCUCCAUCCUGUCCCCUAAGGAAUGGGGGACCAGCCCCCACGAGUUCCUUGGUGCCUAUAAGCUCCAGCAUGACAUGUCCUGGACUCCCUUUGAGGACGUUGAGAGACGAGACGCUGAAAUCAAGGCCCUGGACAAGCUGCUGAGCCAGCAGGCAGCGCUGCCUCCAUGCACAGAGCCCAACUUCCAGGGUCUCACCAAGUGACACGAGCCACCGCCGCGGCCGCACGGGACCUCUGAGC